AUGAUCCCUUACAACAUGAGAGCUGUUGGAAACGAUGAUGGCCGUGGCUGGACAAGACUCUCUGGCAAUGACAUGACGAACCUGAACAAGCCAAAGGAGCAGACAUCUCGUCCAUCAUGUCGCUACACAGCACCCAACCAUUUUGCAACAUCAAACUACGACAUGUAUACCAGUCCGGUCACCGCGUCCGUAGGAUCCAGAAGAUCCGUUCUGUCGAGCUAUGCGCUGCCCUCGCCCCUACCCUCGACUGUCGAGAUGCAAGAUCUGGGUACUCCAUCAACCAGCCGUCAAGAUCCGCCAGCACCUGGUACUCUCCCAACACCAGCUACACAACCAAACAACCCACGCAGAUCACUCUUCAUGGGUCCUUGGUCUGCUACACUCCUCUGGAUGGCCCUCUUCAUCAUCGCAAUGGGCCUGCACCCCCUCCACUUCACACCAGAGCCCUGGAGUUGGACCGGAUGGGCACGCCCCGGUCAACACGAACUGCUGAGCGUUAAACAAGUCAUCUUCGCCACUGUACCCAAAAAGGCCAUCUGGGGUUUGUGA